AUGUCUGAAAAAGUCUUUGUCGCUACAGACGCUGCCCUCAUUCCCGAUGCUCUCCUCAUUCAUGCUGCCCUCUUCACAGAGACACGACACACAGGACAGGCAUGGGUCAUGUUCAGCAGGCCACAAUUCACUAACCUAUGGCUCUCUGUGUGCUACGGCUCUGUGUGCUACGGCUCUGUGUGCUACGGCUCUGUGUUCUACGGCUCUGUGUUCUACGGCUCUGUGUUCUACAGCUCUGUGUUCUACGGCUCUGUGUUCUACGGCUCUGUGUUCUACGGCUCUGUGUUCUACGGCUCUGUGUUCUACAGCUCUGUGUUUUACGGCUCUGUGUGCUACAGCUCUGUGUGCUACGGCUCUGUGUGCUACGGCUCUGUGUUCUACGGCUCUGUGUUCUACGGCUCUGUGUUCUACGGCUCUGUGUUCUACGGCUCUGUGUUCUACGGCUCUGUGUUCUACGGCUCUGUGUGCUACGGCUCUGUGUGCUACGGCUCUGUGUGCUACGGCUCUGUGUUCUACGGCUCUGUGUGCUACGGCUCUGUGUGCUACGGCUCUGUGUGCUACGGCUCUGUGUUCUACGGCUCUGUGUGCUACGGCUCUGUGUGCUACGGCUCUGUGUGCUACGGCUCUGUGUGUAAGAGGUACAUGUUAUGA